AUGCUCCCCAUUUACAGCGCCCACUCGGCCCUUCAGCCUCGCUCAAUUCCCACGCCACUUGUCCGCCCCAACUCGCACUUCCCAUACCUCGUCCUCCCACCGACAUUCAUACGACACACUCGUCUGCCCUGUUUGCCUUUCCCUACCUAUGCACGAUCGUUUUUCCCGCAAUACGAGACUGCCUCAUCCGACCAGCUAUUCCCCAGGCCGGACGGGAUAAUUGCACCCAAUUCUCGCCGGUUCCCCUCAUCGGUUGAGGUUCAUCGGGCGCGGCAGUAG